AUGGAGGUGACCACCGUGUCCCCACGUCCUGUCUCACCCACUGAAGGGGACCAUCUGUGUGAGACAGAUGUCACCACCAUGGCCACACACAGUGUGACUCUGCUCAUCUGCCUCUGUGGGCUGGCAGGGAACGGGGCUGUCCUCUGGCUCCUCAGUCUGAAAAGCUAUAACUCCGGCAUCUUUAAGCUGGCUGUUGCUGACUUCCUCUUCCUUCUCCUCACAAUCCCCAUUGCCUUCCUCUUCCUGGUGGAGGACAUGUCCUGCUCUCCUGUCAUGCCCCUGCUGUACCUGCGUUUCCUUUUCCAGCUGUCAGUGGUCUCCUACUACUGGGGGCUGUUCUGGCUGAGGCCUGGUGGCACUGUGCUGUAUAUGGCCAAGAUCCUACAGCGCAUCCGCUGGGGGCUUUCCGAGCGAAUGUGGUUGGUGGUGGGGAGUGUCCAGUCCUGGGCCUUCUUUGCUCUCUUCACUGUCAUUCCCUCUGUGAUAUUUCUCUGUCAAUCGCAAGAGCAGGAGCACUGCCGUGUGCCUCUUAUCUCCCUUUAUACCGGCAUCCUGCUCUUCUUUGCUGCGCCCGUGGCCAUUUCUGGUAUAAUUGACUUCAUCAAGGCCAAGUGGGGCUCCCAGCAGCAGCAGCCCCAGAGGCGUGACGUGGUUAUCCAUGUCACUGCGCUGUUAACUCUUCUCCUCAGCUUCUGCAAUUUCCUGCAGCAGCUCGGUUACAUUGAUGUGCCCUCCCAGGCGGUUUUCCUGCUCGCCAGCAUCAACAGCAGCAUCAAACCCUUCAUCUACUUCCUGGCAGGGAGCUCCUGGAGGCCCUGCUCCAUGGCGAGCUGCUGGAGGCUCUGUACAGUGGGGUCCCUCCGUCUCUACCUUCAGAGGGUCUUUGAGUAGCAGAAAGAAAAAACAGCCCACAGCAAUGAUGACACCAGAGACACAGGGAUCUGAGCCUGCUGAUCCCUUCCACUGCUCUGCUGGAGAACCUCAGCACAGAGGCUGAGGGUUUUCCUUGAUAUUAUUCAGGAAUUCAUGAUUAAUAAACAACCAUGGGAUCACCCUCUACAUAGUGGUGUAUUCCUGCAGGAGAAGGGAGCAGGAGUAUUGCCUUGGGUGAUUUUUGUGGGAUGCUCUGCAGGGAGCACAUUGGAGCAUGGCUUUCCUCCUCCCUCCUGGAUCCACAUGGCUCCAAGCAGUGCAGCUGGGCUCAGUGCUGUUCCCCAGCUCUAUUCCCCAUGGAACGACCCUCAUGGCCUCGGCCCCAGGGAAUGAACUCCAUCUCCUUUGGCUCAGCAGAUGAGUUUCAUGGUGUUUUCAGGGAGCUCUUGCCUGCAAAGCAUGGGACACGUUAAGUCCUGGGGACACACCCAGCAGCAGUGGCAGUAAUUUCCCAAAUCCCUGCGGGGCUGGUGCCUCUGGAUGGCAGGACAGGGGUUGGGAUCACACGCAGCAUCCUUCCCCUUCUGUCCAGCAGAGCCAGCCCUGCAUUCCCAGUUGAUGGGAAGGGACACCAGGUAGGGCUGCAGAGCUGGGGAGGGACAGCAACAUUCCCUUGUCCUUUCUGUGGGAAUUCCUCACAUACUUUAAUUCCAGAAUUAAAUCCUUCUGAGUAAAGUGCAGAGUAGACAAUGAACUCCUCUGAGCUCCUGUGCCUGUACCAGAAAGUACAUGGAGUGUGGAAAUUCCCAUCACCAGAUGCUUGGACCAUUUAAUUGUACAGAAAUUAGGGGUUCUGCUGCUCUUCUGCAGAACGGGGCCAUCCAUCCUCUGGUUCCCCAGCAUCAGUGUCCAGGGAAGCCCUUGACCAGCUCCAUCCUGGACCUGGCCACCCUCAGGAGGAGCUGAACAGCGACUGCACAGCAGCUUCAGCCACAGGCCAGGCUGUGCUGAUCUUUGCCAUUUUGUAACUACCCCUCAAUCAGAUCUGGAUUUCUGGGCUUGUUUGAUUCCAGUGUGGUACAACUGACUGUAGGGCAUGGGGUUGUGAUUGUUAAAGUGGCUAAGGCCUGCGCUCACCAGAAGGCCCCGAGGGAAAGGCAGAGCUGCAGGCCGCGCGGGUGGGGCUCGGCUGAGGGCUGAGAGGCAGUCAGGAGUGAGGGGCGAGUCAGAUGGGAGUGAGAUCCUGAUUGGCUGCAGGAACACAUGACCAGAGUAUGAGCAGGAAGCGGAUUGGAUGGUAGGACACGUGGACAGUUAAUGAGCAUGAAGCUGAUUGGAUGGUAGGACACAUGGACCGUUAAUGAGCAUGAAGCUGAUUGGAUGGCAGGACACGUUGACAGCAGCACUGCAGCUGAGCCAGCCAAUGGGUGCCCUCCUUCCUUUAAGUUCUGUUAGGCCUCGGUUUGGUUUCCAUUAUGUCAGGUUGAGAUUAAAGGUAUAAACAUCAGCCAAUUUUUACAAUAAAGCAACCUCCUUUGGAUACAUAAGGGGGUCCGUGUUGCUUUGUUCCAAGUGCUGCAAAUGGCAGACCCAAAUCAGGUCAAGGAACUGGCUAAGAAGAGUCUGGGAAAAGGAUCCAGGGAAGGAUCUGAGAGAAGUUCGGGAAGGAACUCAGGAAUUUAAAAUUCCAUGCACCUCUCCUAGGGGUUGUGUAGUCCUGUGGGAGAACGUAUUGAAGGUGGAAUAUCCCUGGAACAAAGCAGGAGCUUGGGCUAGGUAAGGCAGCUCCUACAUCAGCAAUCAAUUAAUAUGGGUGAUGUGAAACUAAGCACCAUGCUGGACUGGGUAUCUAAUCAAGUUAAAGAUUUUCCCUUUAGUGGCCCCUUUGAUCAGCAACCUGGCAAGCAGUACGGCAGAAACUUUUUGAUAUCGCCGGGGACGGUGAUGCCAAAGCUUGCUACAUGGGGGACAAUCACGGCGGCCAUUAAAGGAAGUCACACGAAUGUCGGCCAUUUCACAGCUUCGGACGUUAAUCCCCCAAACCCUCAGUGCCACCAGGACCCGUAUACGACUCCGAGAUUAAUCCAAACCCUGCAGAAUUGCCUUACCCUGAGAUCAACCCAGGCCCCACAGAACUGCCUUACCCCAAUAAAAAUUCCUGCAUGGCAGGACCCCUUGGCACAGAACUCUCAUCUCAUGAGUGGGCGGCGGGCUCACUUCCUGCCCAAGAUGGCAAUGCAGUAGUCCAGCACUGGCAAAAACGACAGGAAACCGCCAUGAAGGAGGGAAGUUUGGUGGUCGUUACAGCCUGCCCAGGAAUAUAUGCGCCAAACCAUCAGCUGGCACAUCAGGAGCUAGACUAUAAAGUAAUUACAGAACUGAGGGUGCUAGUAAAAGAAAGCAGCAGAUAUCCUCCCAUCCCACCCUAAGCUACCUACAAUCCAUCAGGAACAUGUACGUCCUCACUCCCCACGAGAAGCAUAAUGGAAAAGCAUAAUGAAAAUGAUCCUGACAGUGAUGAAGUUUGCAGUCUGGCUCAGGUUACCGAGAGCUGUGUACAGCCCAGGCAGAAGUGCUGCAGGACAGAAAUGCACCAGUCGCUGUUGUGCAGCUGACCAGAGAGGGUCUCUUUGCAGUCCCUGCAGUGCAGGCAGGCUACCCCCAUGAUGCAUGUGAUAUCAUUGCUCACCUAGCCCUGCAGGUCCUGCAGCAACUCCCAGGGAUGGAUAUUGAUUCUAACCUGUUGUUUGCUAAUAUU